AUGGAGAAUUCCUUCUGCUACACUGCAGUAUACUGCAUGAUAAAUACAGGAACUUGAAUGGAUUUAGAGGUUAAAGGAGUUGCUGCCACUUCUAGGAGCCAAAUUCAGCCAUUCUUUGGAAGAAAGAAGCCACUACAACAAAGGUGGACUUCUGAAUCAUGGACAAACCGGAAUUCUUGCCCACCAGUGGUCCCACGACUUGAUUUGGGAAGCCUUGUUGACUCUGAUGAUGAGGACAAUUUUUCAUAUAUUCCACUUAGUACAGCAAACCCGCCAAAUUCAUCUUCUACUCUUGGUUGGGUCACACCAUGUCAAACUCCAUAUACUCAGCAUCAUCUAAAUAAAUUGGAUCAGAACAUGAUACCUGAAAAUUUGCCAGCACCAACAGAGAAAUAUAAACUAAAAUAUCAGCAAUAUAAAACGGAAAUGAAAGAGGGCUAUAAGCAGUAUAGUCAGAUAGAUGCAGAGAAUACAAACUCAAAUGUUACACAUCAACAGUCUCCAAGAAACAAGAUAGAUGAAAAGUGCGUGCAGCAUAAAGAAGCCAACACAGAUGACCUUACAACUCUGGAUAGGAAAGCCCUCUUACAGCAAGGUUAUGCGGACAACCCUUGCGAUAAACAACAGAGGGCAAGAAAAUUGGAUGCAGAAAUUGUGGCUGCAGAGAAAAAGAAACAGAUUGUGGCAGAGCAAGUCAUGAUAGACCACUUAUCUAGGUGA